UCCUCAUUUUCUCAUCGGUUUUCAAUAAUAUAUUAAAUUAACGAUCAUGAUGAAGAUGAUCCGUUUAUUUGGUUCCGGCGGUGAGACGAUGGAGAUGAAAUCGAAGAGCGAGCAGGGCGUGAAGAAGAGUAAGGGCAAGGGGUGAAAUUCGAAGUUUUAAUACUCGAGUUAAAAUCGUAAUUGUUCUUAAUUCUAAAGCCCGGCGGCUAAAUAUGACGCCGUCGGCGUCGCUGGUGUUCCCUGUAACCAUUUCAUUAGAAGCAAUCAAAUGGGGGCACGUGGAAAUUAUUUAUUAUUUAUUUAUCGGCUUAAGCGUGCGUGGUGGGUAGUGGUAGUAGCGAAGCCAUAAUCGUGGAAAUUGGGUGCAGACGGGGAGAGACACCGCAGCGCAGCGCACCGGUGUUCUCCAGCGAAUCCGAAUCUGAAUCCGUUGUAUUUGCAAUUGGAAUUGGCGAUGCUUUGUUCGGGCGGUCCCAACUCCAACUGGCUGGACCGGCUCCGUUCAAACAAGGGUUUUCCGAUCGGCGACGACCUUGGCCUCGAUCACUUCCUCACUCGCCAAGACCUUCAUAAUCAUAAUCGUAAUCAUAAUCCCAAUCCCUGCCCCGAUCCCGAUUCCUUUCACUCUCAAGAUGGAGAUGGAGAUGGAGAUGGAGACGGAGAUGGAGAUGGCGAUGGAGAUGGAGAUGGCGAUGGAGAUGGAGAUGGAAACCCCAACCCAGCAGCAUCAUCGUACCUUCUCAUUACCGGCAUCCUCUCCGACCUCUUCAACGUCACUCCUCCCUCCAAAUGCUGUGCCAAAAAGUUCCCCAGGAAGCAGCCCAACCCCAAGCUUUGCCCCAUUAUUAUUCCUCCUAAUGAUCCCAACCAACCACAACACUUACCCAACAUCCUCUCAUCCAAUACUUCCAACUCACCCGAGCCGCUUGAAGAGCAAGAGGCGGAGGAUGAUGAGACUGACAGACAACUUGUAGGAUACUCCAAGACCGAGGUGACGGUCAUAGAUACUAGCUGCGACGUCUGGAACUCCGACAAGCUCAUUUUCAGAAGAAACAAUGUCUGGAAGGUCAAGGACAAGAAGGCCAAGUCCAGGAGCUACGGAAGGAAGAAGCGCAAGCUGCACUCUCCUCAAACUACGGAUACCACUGCUUCCGCUAAUAAGAAAUCCAAACUCUGGGGUUCUCACGAGCGCUUCCAUUUCACCGCCCAGCAACUCCACCCAUUCGACAAAGGAUAUACUCCUCAGUACUGUUCGGGCCCAGAAAUUAGUGCAAAUGCACCAGAUAACAAAAAGGAAAACGCUUUCACUGUCUCACCUGAGAAUGGAAGCUAUGAUGAUACUGAAAGAAGUGGCAAGUUUUCUUGCAUGUGAUUUUCUGUUCUUCAGUUCUAUGAACUUAUAUGGAUGUGCUCUUGUAAUUUUCCCGUUCAGAUCACCCGAGGAUCUAGUAAGAGAAGCUAAUCAAUCAUUUUAUUGAAGGCGUAAGAGAAAAUUGAUCAGAGUUGUUAAAAAAUUAGUACAUUCAAUGGAUGGAUUGGCUGUUUGAAAUUCUUCCAGUUGUUCAGAUCCCUUGAUUUAGAAUGACGUCCCAUUUUAUUACAGUCGCUGCAAUUGCAGGGGUGGAGUGUACGACUUACUAAUUAAACUUUGGUGUAGUAUAUUAUAGCAUAUGCCUUGGUUUUUGUUUCAAAUAUAACGGUGAUGGUUUUAGUGUAA